GUGCCGGAUAAACUUAUGAGAUGUGCUCGGUCCUUUACAUUCGUUAAACACCGGGGAAGUGUUAUAUCUCCUGCGCUGAUGCUGUGAGACAAAAAAAAAUGUCUCUCGUAUUUUAACUUAAUUUUGCUUCACUUGAGGAAGCGCUGGUUAAAAAAAAUCAGUGAGUUGGCGUCAGCAGCAAGUGCACUUGUAGAGCAAGUCCGGUUCGACGUGGUGUCUUAUGUCCACCCGCCGCCUGUCUUCCGUGAGCUGACUGUGUAUGUGUGUUUGUCCCCGACUAAUGACCUGAACCCGGUGUGUUUGUGUGCACUAAGCUGCGUUGAGGAGGCAGGAAGGAGAUGGUGGUGGUGCAGCCUUAGUCACAGCAUCACCAUGGACCGCUCCGGCCGGCGGAUACCUGCCACCCACCUGUAGCAUCAACCGCGGCAGCAUGGCGAACCCGACCCACGGCGCCCAGGAGCGGAGAGACAGCCGCUGUGGUGUGUCUGGAGGAGCCAUCGUGGAGAACGGCUCUGUUGUCAAAGACCUGACUGCCUCUGACCUCCACGAUCGCACCAGCCACCACUGCCAUGAAGCCAGCACAGCCCCACAGAGCGAGCCCGUCCUGCCCAGCUACAAGCCAUCCUGCUCUUCUACCCCCAUCUACCACAGCAGCCCCCAAAAAAACUGCUCGGACCUGGACCAGGACAGCCACAGCCUAUCGUCCCAGGACUCAGGGAUCCCCACUCUUGAGAUCCACCCUCCAGAGCCCAUCCUCCACAGUCAGAAACGGCCAGGUGACGCAGGCCUUAUCCUGGACGCCAGUCAUGACUCUCCCGCCACUUUGCCUUUGGACGAUCAUCCCUCUGAGGACAACACCAUCCGCAAGUCCUCCACCUUCCCCCGCAGCGGGUAUGACUCUAUCCGCCUCUUCAGCCCCGCCCUCAGAUUAUCCGCCACCGCGGGGAUGGGCGUCGGGGGUGGAGCCCUGAACCGCAGCGAUGACAUCUCUGUGUGCAGCGUGUCCAGCAUGAGCACCGAGCUGUCGGUCUCCAACGAAGACAUCUUGGAUUUCACCGUCACCUCUGACUCCAGCGCCAUCGUCACCUUGGAGACGGACGACAGCGGCACCGCUCACUUCUCAGACGUGACGCUCUCGUCGCCUCCGGGAAACCCCAGGGACUUAUGGAGUCCCGCACGUGUCACGCAGCAGGAAGAAGAUGGCAGGCAAAAGAAACUGGGACCUCUAGCAAGCUUAUUCAACAGGAGCCUGUUUGCCAGGAGGGUGAGGGACAGCCGGCCGCUGGAGCAGAAGGAUCCAGGGUGGAAGCUGUUUGGGAAAGUCCCCCCACGGGAAGGCCCCAUCAAGGACCCUAAGAAAAUACAAAAGGAAUAUGAAACAAAGAGUGGCAGAGCUGGACCUGGCAACCCAACAUCUCCCAGGCAGAGCGUGAGGAAAAACCUGGACUUUGAGCCACUCUCCACCACUGCACUUAUACUGGAGGACAGACCCGCUAACCUGCCUGCCAAGCCAGCCGAGGAGGCACAGAAACACCGACAGCAGUAUGAAGAGAUGGUGGCUCAGGCCAAGAAGAGAGAGUUGAAGGAGGCCCAGAAGAGGAAGAAGCAGCUGGAGGAUCGGUGUAAGCUUGAGGAAAGCAUUGGCACAGCCGCCCAGACCUGGAACCAGGAGAUCUUACCCAACUGGAGUACAAUGUGCACGUCUCGACGAGUGAGAGACCUCUGGUGGCAAGGCAUCCCCCCCAGUGUCAGGGGCAAAGUGUGGAGCCUGGCUGUGGGCAACGAGCUCAACAUCACACACGAGCUGUAUAACAUCUGCCUGUCCCGGGCCAAAGAGAAGUGGAAGACCACACCAGCACCUGCCCCAGAGACCGAACCCGAAGACGCCGGGUCUUCGGACAGGGAGUCGAGCCUGGAGCUGAUCAAGCUGGACAUCUCAAGAACCUUCCCCCAGCUGUGUAUCUUCCAGAAGGGCGGGCCCUAUCACGACGUGCUGCACAGCAUUCUGGGAGCAUACACUUGUUACCGGCCAGACGUUGGCUACGUGCAGGGAAUGUCGUUUAUCGCAGCCGUGCUGAUCCUGAACCUGGACACAGCCGAUGCCUUUAUAGCUUUUGCCAACCUGCUCAACAAGCCCUGUCAGAUGGCCUUCUUCAGAGUCGACCACAGCCUUAUGUUGACGUAUUUUGCAGCAUUUGAAGUGUUCUUUGAAGAAAAUCUACCAAAGCUCUUUGCACAUUUCAAGAAAAACAACUUGACCCCCGAUAUUUAUUUAAUCGACUGGAUCUUCACUCUGUACAGCAAGUCGCUGCCGUUGGACCUGGCGUGUCGGGUGUGGGACGUGUUCUGCAGAGACGGCGAGGAGUUCCUGUUCCGCACGGCGCUGGGCCUGCUGCGUCUCUACCAGGACGUCCUGACCUGCAUGGACUUCAUUCACAUGGCUCAGUUCCUCACCCGCCUGCCUGAUCUCAUCCCUGCCGAGCAGCUCUUCCAGCACAUCGCCACUAUUCACAUGACCAGCCGCAACAGGAAGUGGGCACAGGUCCUGCAGGCGUUACAGAAGGAUCAGGAGCGAGGCAGCCCGGUGCUGAAGCGCUGAGCUGAGAUCAGAGGAAACCUUCACACACUAAGGGACUCAGCCAGUUCCCCUCCAGCCGUGUGGAAAAACUGGACUCUUACCAGGCCAGACGGACCUGAAAGAGACCUGUGUUCAGCUUGGGGACAUAUCUGGUUGUAGCUGCUGUGAUAAACCUCUUCUCCAGUUCCGUGUCACUGCUCAGACUAUAACCAGGCAGGAUGAGGGUGUGAAAAGGAAUACGAGGCCUUACUUAACUCCCACCACCCCUCCUCUGCUCAGAGGCCCAGCAGUGGACUGGAAACUGUAGCUGGCAGAGGCUGAAGAUUGUAUCACACACUCCCACAUACAUGUACCUCAUAGACUGAUUCAGGUCUCCACAGACCAGGGGAAACCACAGAGAUACCAGUUACUACUACUGCUUAGUUUUUAAUUCUCUGCUGUCAGAGCAGGGCUUUUUUUCUGGCCACGCUUCCACUUGGCUUUUCUUUUUUCUUUGUCUGGCAAACUUAUCUGUACAUUUUUUUAAUGACAAAAAAAAAAAAAACAACAAUCUACUCCACAGUCUCUUAAAAAAGACAAAGAAAAAAAAGUAUUAGGCAGGGAAAGUAAAAUCCUGGAACGACAUCUCCAGAGUCAGAUCGGUCGACGACGAUGUCGAAAGGCGUCAGUCUCUUCUGUUUUUGCACCUUUUUUCUUCUCAGAAACUUUUGUCAUUCCCUCACGUCCCCUGUGUUAGAUUCCAUCUCCUGGCUAUGAUCUUUUCAUGUGCGUUUUUUUUUUUUUUUUUUUUCCCUGAACCAUUCCAUGAA